GCAGUGUGAAGAAGAAGAGGCGAGAGCGACCCCCGGACUGACCAAAGCCCACGCGCCGCUGCAUCCCGUGCUCAGCGCCUACGUCCUGCCGUCGCCACCAUGCCCAAGAGAAAGGCUGAAGGGGAUGCUAAAGGAGAUAAAGCCAAGGUGAAGGACGAACCACAGAGAAGAUCCGCGAGGUUGUCUGCUAAACCUGCUCCUCCAAAGCCAGAGCCCAAGCCUAAAAAGGCCCCUGCAAAGAAGGGAGAGAAGGUACCCAAAGGGAAAAAGGGAAAAGCUGAUGCUGGCAAGGAAGGGAAUAACCCUGCAGAAAAUGGAGAUGCCAAAACAGACCAGGCACAGAAAGCCAAAGGUGCUGGAGAUGCCAAGUGAAGUGUGUGCAUUUUUGAUAACUGUGUACUUCUGGUGACUGUACGGUUUGAAAUACUAUUUUUUAUCAAGUUUUAUAAAAAUGCAGAAUUUUGUUUUACUUUUUUUUUUUUAAAAAAGCUAUGUUGUUAGCACACAGAACACUUCAUUGUUGUUUUGGGGGAAGGGGCAUAUGUCACUAAUAGAAUGUCUCCAAAGCUGGAUUGAUGUGGGGAAACGCCUUUCCCUUCUAGUUUUGAGAGACUUCCUCUUGGCUCCCAGGAGGAGGGAUUCCCUGACUUCGACACACAUGGCCACCUUGGCACACAAAAGCCUUGCGGUAU